GCAAAAAAUGCACUUUUAAAGAUGAAACUGAAAAUUAUGAAAUGAUAUGCUAGUUCAUAUUUUUGGCAGAACUCGGUGACAAUGGCACAUUUUGCCACCUACAAAACUGCGUGCACAAAGGGCUUAAACCGCUUAAAGACCGUUUAAUCUCAUGGAUUUCAGUCGUUUUUAGUUUCAUGUGAAAAAACUCGAGGCAAAAGGCAACUGUGGUUCUCAAAGGAGAUGAGAACAGAACGAAACGGAACUCGGAUACAAUGGGCGUGGCCGGGUCGAAGACUUUACGGUGUUAAAUGCUCAUAUUACGAGCUGGCCAGGAGUCACUCUAUGAAAAAGAGUUAUGCGGAAUGAGGCUUAGGGCCGUUCAGUUUCGUUCGGUUCAGUUCCGUUCUCUGUUCCAGGAUUUCCUAGAUCUACCGUUCUCGCCCGGUCCCGAUCUGCCGAUCCCGAUUGUAUCUUGGCAGCGCAUCCGUUCCGGUGGAGAUCGUGCUGGAUGGAUAUGCUUUAUAUGCUGAUGGAAGUUAGGAGAUGGUGCGAACUGACAAUUGACACAAUUACCAGGACGGCCAAAUCCGCAAACCGCUGCAAUGCCAUUUUGACAGCAAUUGUCCUGUCCAACAAUGUGAUCUGGGAUCUGAAAUUUUGAAUUUCGCUUCUCGAGAGGAAGGGGGCUAACAGUAGCCAUUCUAACGGGGUUUCGUAGGCGGCUUUGGCUUGCAGUUGAACAAUGGCAAAGGACAAAAAGGAGUGCAGCAGCAAGGACACUCCCGCAAAAAGGUGUGAAAAUUUCAAGGGCCGCUUGAUAGAUCGAGUGGGCUCGACACCCCGAUGGCCGGGGGCGGAUCGUAACUCUUUUUAUGUGGGCUCUUCGACCGGCGGUUUGAUUAACUCCGGAAAACCCUAACGGUGCUCGGCCGCUGACAAUGGGCGUCGUGGCUGAUGGCAGCUAAUCAACAGUAAAAUGCAUAAAAUUAAGUGAGCAUUGAAAGGGCAUUAUCGGGAAUAAGGGUCUUUGCGCCGGCUAUUAGAAUUGUUUCACACUAUACGCACAUAACUGUACCGCGAGCGGUUCUCACCCAAAUAGAUACCGAUCACAGAGCUCCGAGUUGGAACAAUGGUCCAAAACGUUGACAGUUCAUCAAAACGAAUGAAGCAUGCAAAAUGAAUGUGCCAUCAGCGAUGGCAAAUACCCUGCAAUCGCUGCUCAGUGCAGUGACUGGUGCACUGGAAAAGGGGUUUGGAAAUCUUGCUCACUUAAGUAUUCAUGUUCAGAUAUUGGUCCUUCCAGAUGAUCGCAGUGUAGCUGUAGGAGCAGAGAUCUCCCACUCGGAAAUCAUGCGUGAAAUGUUGCUUUCUUUGGAUUCCUUUCUCUUGCUCGUCUUGUGUGUGCGAGUAUUUCAGUAUUUUCCCAACCCGAGCAUUCUCAUUUUCCUCUGACUAUGGCGAUGGGCGUGGACAGUGACACACCCCUCGAUCCCCUGUCUCCUGGCCAUCUUCCUGGGGUCCUGACAACGGGACAACGGGACAACAGGACAACAGGCACAAUGAUGGCGUAAGGAAGUAGCAAGUUAGUUUUGCCCAUUUAAAUAGCACUCUGGACACCGAGCUCUUUGUGCGUCGAUUUGACGAGCAUUAAAUGGCACUUUUCCCGUGUGGGGUCUCCCCAUCGAUCAAUCGAUCGAUCGUUCGAUCGAUCGGCCCAAUCUUGAGUCAGAACCUUGAACUUAUCGCGCACAAUUUCAAUAUUGGGCUUCGCAGCUCAGCGCAGUCGAUCAUUCAAAGUUCAUUGAGUUGCUGGGAUGUUUGGCCGGUGCAAACAUAAGACGAUAGACGCGCUGUCGCCCCAAUUUGGAAGAUGCAACUCGCUCGGCAGAUAAGAGGACUCCAAAGCAUGGCCGGUCUGCGAGGAAAAUGUCAUUUGGGUAAUCAAAACCGCACUAAUUGGCAUAGUAAUGCAAUACUGCCUUGGGAUUUGGGAUCCGGAUUUCAUAUUCCGGACUGGAGAUCUGCUCGAGAUCUUUUCGCUCGACUGGUCAGCGGUGAAUGAAGGAAGGCUCUAUUAGGAGCGGCUCGACGUAUCUCGAUUAAAGAGAUGCCAUAAUUGAGCAGCCUUUUGCUGGAUGUGGGAUUAGGAGCCAUAGGAUAACAAUUAGCCAAAGGAUUUGACGACGGAAGCUAUGGCCAUUGUGGGUUCCCUUCCAGUACUUAACUUGUGUCUUUUUUAGUCGGGGUUCUUUUUGCCGAGCUGUGCACUUCCGUUUGCGGAAGUGGCUAAGGCAAAUCCCCAGACACAUCGAGCCGAGCAAUACCUGUUCCCAUUAUCCUCUGCAAGUGUGCACUUUGCAUAUGCCAAGGAAAACAAACAAGUGAUCCUAGGUCCUCGAUUCCCGACUCUCGAUCCUGGUUAGUCUUUUUCGCUUAGCCCAAACACUCUGCUGCGAGAGGAGAGGGCCUUUGUCCGCCCGAGGAGCACGUGUAAUCCCCGUUCACUUCCUCGCCGGCCGACUACUUACUUCCUCAUUUGCAUCGCAGGAUAUAGGGAUAUGGACGGGCCCAAGUGCCUUUCCUGAUGGGCUUAGGCGGCCAUCGUGGCUGAGAAUUAACUGAAUGACGGCCAAACUAAUCAUACAUUUGAAAGUAAUCUCAUUUCAUCAAUUGUGCUGAGGAACGGCCUUUCAAGGAGUUCCUUUUGGAGGAAGUUGGAAGAAUGAACUAAGCACGAUUCUUUCAAAUAGCGCUGCAUUAGUGAAAUAUAUUUGAUGAUAUCAAAAAGAUAAUUUAUUACCAGAAACUUACCAUCACAUCGAGAUGAAAAUGCGGAGGAGAGCGCUGCUCUUUGCUUAUCCCAAACUAGGGGUUUUUUUAGGGAUAAAAAGCGGGAAUACAGUUUCUCAGAAACAAAAUGGCAGUCCUAAUAUGCGAUAAGUUGCUUUCAACUUACGUUUACGACAGGGGCCAUUUGAAGCUAAGGCUUCCAAUAUGUGACUGUUAACCCAUUAAGACAAAGGGCCGCGAAAGGAGUUAACGGCAAUUCCCCGAAACUAAGCACGAAUCCAAAUCCAAGCCACUCCUCACCCUUUUUUGGACGGGUCGGUCGGGUCAUAUAAGGCAAAACCCCUUUCAGUCAAUUAGUCGCUGAUUUUCUUUGUCACCUAGCAGCGGACCAAUAUAAAAAUCGCAGCCACAAUGGGCGGAGGAGAGAACCCUUUUUUUUAAGGACAGCCGAUGUCUGAAAUGUCAGUUUAUGGCUCCUUAAAAAACAGCAGCGGCUUUAGGGUCCGCGGACUCGGAAUGAGGCCUUUUCGCACGAAGCGUCCAUUAUGCAAUAAAACUCUGGAUGUUUUUUAGGCAACAGCAUAACAGCCUAAUACAGCGCAUAUUGUGGGUGGGCAACCCGUUCGGGCAUCAGGUAGAUGAUUCCGUAAAAAACGCGCCCAAGGUCACCACUCAAAGGAUUGCACAAAUAUUGCAUCUUUGGUUCGGAGCUCAUUAUGGCGAAGCAACAGCAGUCCGAGUAUAUGAAUAUAUGGUUUUAUGGCCUGCUGUUUUUUAAGUUUUUUUCGCUGAAUCUGGUUUUUACACCGAACUUGGCAACUCUUUGGCUUCAACUUCGGCCGCGACUUUUUAUGGCAUCUGCUCGGGAUCGAUUGGGCUGGGUUAUACGUUUGUCCAGGAUCUGGAAGGGCUCGGGCCCGGGAACCGCAGGUAAGGGAUCGACUCAAUGACGGCGACGUGACCGUCCGAGUUUUAGUUUAAUCCACCAUUUUUACGGUUGGAUUAGCGCACGGAUUAGCGGAUAAGUUCGCGGUUUUUUACUGAUUACCAUAUCGAUCCUUCUUUUUAUUUGCAAUCCACCCAAUCCCACUGAAUGGGAAGUCGUAAAAAGAGAAUGAAUGAAAGUUAGCAAGGGAAUAUGGAAAUCUGAUCAACGUAUAUAAAGUAGGUAUUGUUGAUAGGAUUUGAUAUCAUUUCUGCGUAACAAAUCUAAGCUACAGAUUUGGACACACUGACCGUCAUGUCCUCGAAGUAGCUGCAGUAAGUAUCCAGCAUAACAUUUCCCAUGGAUGAUAGCCAACAUUGUACCGCUACCCACUUCCGUUGGCCGUCGAGGCGACCGUUAGGACAAACAGUUAACAAAGUGAAACAACUUGUCGAGGAUCCCACAUCCCACGCCGCAGCGGAAGCCAAAGGGAUAAAGGACGUAGAAUCAAGGAUGUUUAAGGAGGAGGGCAAACACGAGCAGUCAACACUGGCGGACACUUGUCGCAAUGAUCCUGGACUCUCGAUUCUCGAUCCUCGGGCUGGCGGCGUCAUGAAUCAAAUGGGCAGACUGGCGAGUGUCCUUGUCGAGAUUCCGGGAAGCCGAGUUUUCAUUGCCGAAAUAGGAAAAGGAUGCGAAUUACGCCAGCCGAAAAGGACUGAAAAUUGCAAGAACGCCAGAACUCGGCCUAAUUUCCAUAAUUUGUCACGCACAAUCCAACGAAUUCGCCAUCACAUAGAUACACAGAUUCUAGAUGGGCUGGUCAGCAAAAGGAUUUCGGGACAAAAGCGCAAAACAAACGGAUUUAGCCAUCACAACCCUUGGAUGUUGUGCAUCUUUUAUCAACAAACCAGAUUCCAUCUCUUUUCUUUGACCAGAUGCCUCUCUUCCUGGCCAGAAAAGUAUGAUUUGACUGUAAUUAUAAUAUACUACGGUCAGGGGGUCUUUGAUAUGCGAAACGUUCUGGAAGAUUCAAAAGCAUGCUGAAAUAAACCAGUCCAGAAAAGAAUAGCGAGAAUAGAAUGUCUAAUUGCGGUUUAUUCUUAAAACAACAUUAGAAACGUAUUCAGCAGUUACUUAAAUCUAAAGACUUAGUAACUAAAGAUUUUUAAGUUUGGUUUUUGGGUAAGGGCUUUAUCAUUUAGAUAUCAAAGCAAGUAAGUUAGGUACAAUUGUAAUAAUACAUCAAUUGCACAAUGCUGGUAUAUACAAAAAUGGGGUUUCCUCAAACUUGGACUUAUAACAUCGCAAUGAACGCCUAUGAAAAUAAAGCCGAAGUUUAAAACUCUACAAUGAUUAUGAAUACUUUUAGCCCAUUCCAUGAAAACGAAAUGUAAAGCACUGCAAAGGUGGUACGAAUUUUCCUAUUUUUUCCCAUUGAAUAUUAAAACCAAGAAAAAACCAUAUCCUUUCGCGGAAACUGAUGAAACAUAAAGUUCGAAAACUCUUUGUACUUUUUUUUUUAAAUUACGUUAAAUGGCGAACUAACAAUAGCACAAAGAACUAUGAUUUUUGCGAAAACUGCGAAAACCAAAUGAGGGAAAGGGCAGCCGCACCCUUGUAAAACCCUUUCGAAUGCGGCGAGACAGAGAGGGCAACAGGGCAGAGCGGGACAGAGUCAGAAGCAGAGCCAGAAUCACCCCUUUGCCCUUUGGCCUUUGUACCGCCUACCUGCUUCGUACCGCUUCGGCUGGCCGCUCGUGUCCGCCAUUUCGAUGUGAAUGAGGCGUCGGCGCAGCCUCCGGAUUUUCGGUAUAAAUGCAGGGGGUUCCGACGAGAGGAAAUCAGUUUGCGUUCGACAUCGUCAGCGUGAAGAUAUAGCAAUAUCAGAGCUAGAUCACCAGUCUAUAUAGCGUCAAUCAGUUGGAUUAAACCCAGAGACCAUACACCGAACACCAUGCUAAUGCACGAGAAACUCAUGGCCGGGCAGUUCUUCGAUCUCAAGACUGAUCGCAAACCCCUGAUGCACCACCACCAGUACCAGCACCACCAGCAGCAACCACUGCACCACUUGCCGCACAGCCAAUUGCCGGUUCAGGGAUCCUUGGGCCUGCCCAAAAUGGAUCUGUACACGGCCUACGCCUACCAGCAGCAGUUGCUGGGAGCUGCCCUCAGUCAGCAGCAACAACAGCAUCAGCAGCAGCAGCAACAUCAGCAGCUGCAGCAGCAGCAGACCUCCUCUGCAGAGGUCCUGGAUCUUUCCCGUCGAUGUGACAGCGUAGAGACGCCCAGGAAGACUCCCUCGCCGUAUCAAACAAGCUACAGCUACGGCAGUGGUUCCCCCUCGGCCUCGCCCACCAGCAGUCUUCUGUAUGCGGCCCAAAUGCAACAGCAGCAAAAUCAGCAGCAACAGCAGCAGCAGCAACAAUUGGCCUCCCUGUAUCCCGCUUUUUACUACAGCAACAUCAAGCAGGAGCAAGCCACGCCCACUGCUGCUCCGCCCAAGGUCACACCAACCGCCAACCUUCUGCAAACCUUUGCUGCCGCCUCUGCUGCGGCCGCCGCUGCUGCUGCCGCUUCUUCGACCAACUCACCAAGACCCGCCAGCAACGCCAGCACAAUGCAGAUAGACGUUCUGGAGAAUCCCCAGUCCCCGGCUGUUGAGGCCACCACGCCCACCACCUCCAGCAGCGGCGAGGCGGGAAAGAGCACCCGUCCCUUCAAGGCCUUUCCCCGGGAUCCCUUGGUCAUAGCUGCCAAUUUCGCAGCCACUGAUGUCCUUCUGGACAAUCCGCGAGUGGAGCGCUACACGGAAUACCGGAAGCGAGUGCUUGAGCAAAUCCGCAGCUCCAACGGAGGAUCGCGCACCGUAACCAACCCAAAAAUGCGAAGGACCAACUCAAGAAGUGGAUCCGUCAACGAAGGCAGCUCCUCAAACAACAACAGCGAAAGCGAGGAUCGCGCUGCUGCGGAGGAGUCAAGCGACUGCGACUCCCAGGCGGGAAACUUCGAGGGCAAGUCCGCCACCAGCAGCUCCAGCAACUUGGCUAACGCUACUGCAGCGAACUCCGGUAUCAGCUCGGGCAGCCAGGUUAAGGAUGCCGCCUACUACGAGAGGCGUCGCAAGAACAAUGCUGCCGCCAAGAAGUCCCGCGAUCGCCGCCGCAUCAAGGAGGAUGAGAUCGCCAUCAGGGCCGCCUAUCUGGAGCGCCAGAACAUCGAGCUCUUGUGCCAGAUAGACGCACUCAAGGCCCAGCUGGCCGCCUUCACCUCCGCCAAAGUAACCACCGCCUAAAGGUCCACUCCUCUCUUGAUGCGUUGAACGCGAGGAUCCGAAUCGUAUGUCCUGUUUUUGGGUCAGCUUAUCUGUGAAUAGUUUAGGGGGCUCAACUUUCUUUUUUUUACACACUCGCAUUUAAGUACUUUAAGUCCUUGGAGUAUACGUUAUAUUUGGAAAAUGUAUUAGCUGUAGUGCAUCUCGCAAUCUCACCAGUUAACUAUCAAUGGAAUCAUCUAUAGUUGUAGAAGUCCCAGCUAGCCAGUAAUGUUUAACUUGUAAGUGAAUUUUUUUCAUAGCCCUAAGGAAUCAAUUAUAAUAAAUUAUCCAAAAUAAUUAUA